AUGACCGAGCCCAUCCGCCUCCGCCAAAUCGCCUUCCUCGUCCACGACCUCCCCCAAGCCGAACGCCAAAUUACGAAAAUCCUCAACACAGAAGUAAUCAAUCGCGAGCCGGAAGUCGCAGAAUUUGGUUUACGCAACAUUCUCGUCCCCCUAGGAGGCGACAUCAUCGAAGUUCUCUCCCCAAUAGACCCUAUCACACCCACCGCAGCGAGUCGACUCCUCCACAAGCGCGGCAGAGACGGCGGAUACAUGCUCAUCAUGCAGGUGGGUGACACUGCAGCGCGUACGCAGCUCAUAGAGGAGCAGAAGUUGGCGACGGUUGUGUUACGACAGCGUGCUAGUGAGGGUGAUGGUAGUAGUGGGAGUGUAGACCCAGCAAUCGAAUAUACCGUCAUUUGCAGACACUCCAAUAGCACCCUGGCCUCCCUGCGGAGCCGACUAUCCUACUUACUCGCGUGA